GCGUACGAUGAAGUCGAUCUGGAGGACAUGGAGUGGCGCGAUGACCUCAAGGCGUACACGUAUCAGUGCCCGUGCGGGGACUUUUUCCAAAUCACGCUCGAGGAAUUGCGCGCGGGGGAGGACGUCGCGCACUGCCCGUCGUGCUCGUUGGUGUUGUUGGUGAUUUACGACCCCGAAGACUUGCCGGAACUGGACGAA